AUGUCUCAGAAACUGGAAAAGGAAAAUGUUCAUUCCUAUGAUGUUAUGGAUGCAGCUGGUUGGACCUAUAUGAAGUCUAUUAAUACUGCUUAUUGUAAAACAUGUGGACUGAGAGUAUCUGAAUGGACUAAAGAAAUGGAUCCAUUUGCAAUUCAUGCAAAGCAGAGUCCUACUUGUUUAUUUGUUCAAUUUAAGAAUACAAAUGAAUUGUCAUUUUCUCAUAUAUCAACUGCAGAUAAUCAACAAAAGCCGGUAAAACGUCUAAAGAUUGAUUCAGACAGAGAAAAUGUGUUAAUUGAACUCAAAAGUUUGAAAAAUAUCCGUCGUCGUACAUUCUCGCAUUGGCAUCAUGAACGCGGAAUUACAGCAGCACAAAUGAUUUCAGCUGGAUUUUUUAAUUGCAAUGUUGGUGAUAGAGUUAUUUGUUUGUAUUGUAAUUUAAUCUGUCAACAAUGGACAUCGGAUACUGAUGAUCCUGAAGAAGUUCAUUGUACUCUGGCACCUCAAUGUCCUUAUGUUCGAUCUAUGUUAAAAUUUCGACAAACAAAUGCAAUAUCAAUUGUAAAUGAAAAUUAUACGAACGAAAAUUCGAAUGGUCAAUUACAAACAUCAACUAAUUUGAGAUUAAAUGAAAUUGUUCUUACAUCAGCAUAUCAGAACUAUAUGGAAAUACCAAAACGUCUAGCAUCAUUUACUUCUUGGUCUGAAAAAUCACCACCAUUAGUUGAUGAUCUUGUACGAGCUGGAUUUUUCUAUACUGGUACAAAAACAAUUGUUACCUGUUUCUAUUGUAAUGGGUCAUUACAGAACUGGGAUUCAAAAGAUAAUCCAAUGGUAGAACAUUGUCGAUGGUAUCCAAUGUGUGCUUAUGCAAAACAGCUAUGUGGUGAUGAACUUUAUAAAAGAAUUCAAGAAUCAAAACGAAGAUUACAAAAGCGUAAUGAAAAAAAUCAAUCGAAAAGAAAACACAGUGACUCCUCAAUAAACACUUCUCAAUUAUUAGUGUCAGAUGAAAAUACUUUAUCACGAUUGGUUGCUGCACGUCUUGAUUUGCCAAUAUCUCAACAAUUGCUUAGUCAAAAUUUUAAAUUAUCAAUUAUUAAACGUUGUUGGGAAGAUCAACUACGACUGAAACAGGAUGAUUUUACGUCAGAUACUGAUCUUUUAAUUGCUUGUAUUAUUUUACAAAAACAAAUUAUUCAUAUUGAUGGAAACAAAGAAAAUAUUAUUGUUCCUAGUAUGAGAAUGAAAUCAGUUCGUGAGAAAGAACAAACUCAAACUCUAACUUAUGAACAAUCUAAUUUAUCAUCGUCUACGGUUUUUACUGAAGAUCUAUCCACAGAAAAUCAGUUUAAUACCAAGGAUAUUACGACAUCGACAACGUCAAAUAACGAGAUCGAGAAAACGAACUCUGAAAACAGUUCAUCAUCAUCAACCAAUUUAUGUGUUCUCUGUUUGACAGAAGAGAAACGACUUGCAUGUAUUCCAUGUGGACACUUAGCCACUUGCGUUUCAUGUGGUCAUUCCCUUCGAACAUGUCCAAUCUGUCGAAAAGAAAUUAAUGCAUUUGUUCGUAUUUAUAUCUAA